UCCACCAACUCCCUUUGCACUGACUCCUCGGCGCCGGUAUCCAAUUCAGCAGGCCCAGUACUCCUCGUUGGGGGCCCUGCCCUCGGUAUGCCUGGAUGGCUACCAGAGGAAAAGCCUGCUAUCUGCUCGCAACUCCAACAUGGUGCACAGCCCGGUGACAGUGAAGAUUGCACGGCCGGACAGCAACCUGGUCCGCUCUCCACUCUUGGAGCAGCUGGUUUCGCCAAUGGCCUUGUCAUGCAAUAGCACCCUGGACCCAUGUGCAAAGGAGACUGUACUGAGUGCCCUCAAAGAGAGCAGGAAGAGGGCUGUGGAGGAGGAGGACCAGAGUUUCCCCAGUGGUCAGGAGAACAAAAGAAGACGCCAUGACAGCAGUGGCAGUGGGCAGUCUGCGUUUGAGCCUCUGGUAGCCAAUGGAGCCCCAGCUUCUCUGGUACCCAAGCCAGGCACUUUGAAGAGGGCCCUCGUUUCCCAGUGCCUAGAUGAUUGCUUGAGCAAGAGAUCGCGCACUUCUUCCAUCAGCUCCAUGAACAACACAUAUGCUGGUGGGAUUCCCAGCUCCAUCCGCAAUGCCAUCGCUAGCUCCUACAGCUCCACCCGGGGACUCUCGAAGCUGUGGAAGAGAAGUGGCCUGAAUACUUCCCCUCUCUCCAGUCCGGCAUCUUCCCGCUCUCAGACACCGGAGAGGCCUAGCAAGAAAGCCAGGGAGGAGGAUGCUCACUGGUCCAGCACUUCUACCCCUGUAAAAUCUGACAAGGAGCUGCAGACAGAAAAGGCUUUGGAGACUCCUGUGCGGAAGAAGCAGAGUUCCUUGACCUCACCGUCCAUGUCGGGGAGCAGUGGGAAACGCAAGCGGAAGAUCCAGCUGCUUUCUUCUCGCCGAGGAGACCAGCUUACCCUGCCCCCACCCCCUCAGCUGGGUUAUGCUGUCACAGCAGAGGACUUGGACGCAGAAAAGAAGGCAGCACUGCAAUGGUUCAACAAAGUCUUGGAGGAUAAGACGGCAGUAGAUGCCACCCCAAGCACUGCUGCAGAAACCACCCCUGCAUCCAGGCCUGUGUCAUUCACACUGCCAUCUACUGGGCCUACAUCUGUUUCAUCGCCCCCCCUGGUCGCCGGCACUGGGUCACUCCUGGAGAGUCUGAAGAAGAUGCAGAGCAGGCAGAGUGCUCUUGUGCUUUCAGAUUCGACUGGGGCUGCAGUGACCUCUCAGCUGCCUCUGACAGUUCCCACGGUAUUGCUGGAUUCAGGUUCACUCCCUGCAACUGUGUCUGACUCCAAGCCUGCUCCAACACUAAACUUGCUGGAUCCCUUGGCCCCUCCCUCCUCCACUGCUCCGCCUGCCAGCAGUGUGAGCAACCUGACGAUUCCUGCUUCAUCUGACCUGGGCCAGACCCCCACCAAGACGCCCUCCCCCCCUAAACCCAGCAUUCUCUUUGGGAUGCUGAGUACACCGCCAGCCAGCCAGCCUGGACCAGCGGCAGCAUCCGCCGCGCCCGCAGCCACCCCCAUGUUCAAACCCAUCUUUGGCACCCUGCCAAAAAGCGAGAGCGUGGCGCUCUCUGCAGCUGGCACCUCUCUGGCAGUCGCAGCAUCUACCAGCUCUGUGCCUCCCUCGACAGCGUCUUCCUCCGCCACCACCGCCACAUUCAAGCCCGUCUUUGGGAACUUAGCAGCUGCUGCUGCACCUAUAGCAACAGCGUCUCCUUUCACAUUGAAGCAGACACCUCAGCCAGCCCCAGCUGCUGAUCUGACAGCAGCUUCCACUACAGACACCACCUCUGUCUUCACCGGCCUCCCCAGUGCUGUCUUUACUACUGCAGCUACCGCUGCCAGCACCCUGAGUGCCACCACUGACGCCACCACGAAGCCAGCCUUCAGCUUUGGACUUGGCGUGCCACUCGCCACCAAUGCAGCCAACAGCACAACUGUCACUGCGCCCAUCUCCACCAGAGCAACCCAGCCGUUCCUGUUCGGAGCCUCUCCAAACCCCGCCCCCAGCACAGCAGCAAGCUUCACGCCUACCGGUCCUAUCUUCCAGUUUGGAAAGCCUGCAGCCCCCACCGCCCCCACUCCCAGCGUUCCAGCAGGCUCCACCUUCGGCCCAGCACCCUUGAAUGCAGCACAGGCUGCUCCCAGCACCACUGCUGGCUUUAGUAUCUUUGGGGGCACAAAUCUGACCUCUUCUACCCCACCAACCACCAGUCAGUCAACGCUGUCAUUUGGUUCCUCCACUGCUGCAUUUGGUGGUUCCUUUGGAACAGGUGCAAAACCGCCCCCUCCGUAUCCUGGUGCAGCUGGUCAGCCUGCGUUUGCCACUGGCACCCCGGAGAGUCAGCAGCCCACCAGCAAACCUGCCGCUGGCCCCGCGAGCUUUAGUACCCCCGCUUUCGGCUUUGGGGCCUCCGCGGCACCGCCGGCGUUUGGGAACAGCUCCCAGCCAGUUUUCGGAGGGACUAAUACCCAAGUUUCCUUUGGCACCAACAGCUCCCAGCCAGCUUUUGGAGGCACUACAUCAGUGUUCUCCUUUGGAACAGCCACCACUUCAACCGCAUCAAGUUUUGGCUCCAACACCCAGCCUACAAAGAGCAGUACAGGUAGCAUGGUAUUUGGCGGAACCACCCCCUCUCCGUUCCCCUUUGGGGUGUCCAACCAGCAGAGCACUGGUGCCAGUGCCUUUGCCAUGGGAGCGUCUGCCCUGAGCGGGGGCACCCCCUCCGUGGCAUUCAAUUUUGGGGCUGGACAGAACGGAUCGGCAAGCACAGCAACCCCCUUUGGUUCUUCCUUGACACAGAACACGUUGGGUGGCCAAAACCAGAGCGCGCCAUUCGCCUUCGCUGUGCCUGGCACUCCUGACAGCAAGCCUGUGUUUGGAGGAACUCCCACUCCCUCCUUUGGGCAGACCACGCCUGCUCCAGGAGCAGGGCCUGUCGGGAGCAACAGCCUUUCCUUCGGGACCCCCAGCACUCCUGGGUCGGGCUUCGGAGGAGCAAGGCCUCCAUUUGGACCAUCAACCCCUGCGUUUUCUAUCGGGGCAGGAUCCAAGACUGGGCCCCGUCAGCGGCUGCAGGCGCGAAGGCAGCACCCCCGCAAAAAGUAGCCUCUUGGGUCUUCUGUUGGAUCUUAGUUCCGGCCCAGCCACCUGAGCCAAGGAUAUCCGAGUUCUGAGUAACCCUUCUGACAAGGAGCCCGGGCCCUCGGGUCAGGCGCUCGUUUCUGAAAUCGGUUGGAGACACUUCUGGGGGGCAGCGACUCCGACGCAGGACAGGAUAAACCAAACCCUUCGUACUUGAACAGUUCCACAGCCGAGACUGGAUAAACUCUGUACAUAGCAGCAGCGUUCCUUUCCUCCCUUAUUUCUCCAGGGCUCGCUCACAAUGUGUACUUUCUCCAUGGCUUCAUCUAGCUGCGCCUGUGCUCUCCUGACCAUACUGACCGUUCAGCCUUGCCCAUCCACCAUGUACCGAGCGUGUGGAGUGGGAGCUGGCGGGGGGCAAGGGGAGGUGCCCAUAUGCACGUUCCCUGUCUGUGCCUGAAUGGAAACCCGCGUUCUGUUCCUUGGCUUGCUGUGUCCCUGCAUUCCCCCUUGUAGCUUUGCUGUAAGCGAGGCUCUUCCCUCCAGGCAGAUGCGUUCCCAGUCUGCCUCGUGGCUGCUGGCCCUGGAGGGGGGUGUCUUCGCUGGCUCCAGAGGCCUUUCCCUGCACGGUGAUCUCAUGACCUGGUAAAUGCACCUCUCCCCUCCUCCUAAGGGACUCCAGCCUCUGGUUUGAACUGGCAGGUACUGGCUUGCCAGCCAUCUGGCCUGGGCAAAUCUAGUAGGCGGGAUGGGCCCAAGUCCCUGUGUGUUAGGGAGUAACUCUUGGUGCUCCAGACAGACCAUCAUCCAGCUCCCGCUGUGAGCAAUCUGCCUUUCAGUGCUCCUAUGCAGACCCUGCAACUCAGCGUCUUGCCUCUGCUCGGGAACCCAGCCCAUUGCAGGGGUAACCUAGCCUCUGCAUCCGGAAGAGCAGGAGGGUGGUGCCUUUGGUGCACCAGACGUGUUCUGCCUGGCCCGGGAAUGAGCAGAACCCCUGCCCAGAGGAGGUGGGACGCUGCCACUUACUGCCCUCUCCCAUCGUGAUGCUCCUGUAGCUUUCCCUGCUCCUGUCUGUUGUGCGCUUUGUAUGUUUGCUCCUGUUUGUUCGCUCAUUGAAUCGAGCUUGGAGGAAGAAUUGAACCGUGUGAGUGGCGGCAUGUUGGUAAUGCCGGAUUUGCUGUGUAAAGAUUUUGCGGGGAGGCUGUCUCCUAGUGGGGGAUGCGCCCUGCCUAAUUGGGUGUUGAGAGUAGCAUCAUUGUGUGGCUACUAGUGCUGCGUGAACUCUGUAUCUUAAAUGUGAUGACUGAAAGGAUGGCAGCCUGGGGCGUGGGGGGGCACAGGGCCCUCGGGGUGCAGGGGGCUGGAAGGGUUCCCUAGGUCCCGGGCUGGCAGCCUCUUUGCUGUCCUGCCCCGCUCCAAGUCUAGCUCUUCUCUCCCUGUGUCAAACCCAGCCGGCUCUCGUUACCCAGCCAGGGGUGUGUAGCACACGUCCCUUCAGUGCCGGGCUUGCCUAGGGCUGCACGGGGCUGUUGGCCCUGCCCGAAGCCACUAAAGGGAAAGAAUCCCCAACUGACACGCUUAGGACUCUGCUUCUUGCCCCCUGCUCCUCCCUUAGCCCGGCUCCAGGGGCUGGGUGCUCAUUUCCAGCCAGCGGGGAGCGCUCACGGGGCUGCCCUGUAUCUUGGAGCUCGGAGGGGAGAGGGCCAGGGCUUCUAUUCCCUCUACUGCCCGCAGCCUCUGGGGAGCUCUCACUGGGAGGACGCCUUGUGUGCCUCGGGGAGAGGGGCUGACACCCCAAGGCCUAGGCCCCUUUGACCCCCCCACGUUCCAAGAGUGACUCUGGCUGCCAGAUCUUUUUACUACUCAGAGGUGUGAGUGUGUGUCUGCCGAAUCCUAAAUUAACAGAUAUUUAAACAUUUUUUAAGAAAAUAAAAAUUUAUUUUUAUAUUUAAGCUAAAUUGCCUUUGAAUUCCUUCAAGCUUGGUUCACUGAGGUGGUCAAAAGUUCAAAGCUGUCGACUAGGAUUAGCUGUGCAGUUACCUCUGGGGAGGAGGAAGUGGUCCCUUGUAGGCCUGGAACCCCCUGCCAGCCAUGGCAGGCUGGGCUAGCAGCCGGGAAGGGCAGCUAGCCCGUGGGGCAGGAAGGGCUGGCCUGCUCUGUUCGAGUGGGUGCAUUCUCUUCCUGCUGGCAGGAGCUGCUCCUCCCCUGACAGUCAAUGUUACAUGAAAUGUACUUACUUCUUUUAUAAUGUGAUGUAUGUGGAUGUGACUAAACUUUUUUUAUUUUUCCUUGAGACUGAGGCUUAGGAGCUCUUGCACGUCCGAGAGAGUUGGGGGUUUUUAUUGUUUUCUACCAGGAACAAUGAGCCUCUCCUGGCUGGGGAGGUGGGACAUGGGUGGAAAGUCUCUGGGCUCUAGCAGCUGGGAGGUGGCUUCCUUUCGAGUGUGCGGGGUGGGGGUGUACUGCACUCACCCCUGCCCCUUCGCAGGGCUGUAGCUGCCUGGUGGUGGGCUAUUUGUCUCCAGCCGUUCCCUAGGAUACCAAAGCAGCCGUAGUGGGCCGUGGCGGAGCUCUGCCCGGUUAAGGGGCACUGCCCAGCCAUGUACAUAGCACCAGCCCGGCCUUGCUGGAGUCUCGUUUCAGUCGGACUCUUCGCACAGGUUUGGAAAAUCAGGUGAAGGGGCUCGUACCGUAAAACUGCUCCCGAACCCCCGCCCCCAGCAGAGCCGUCUGGGCUCAUGUGCUGUCAUGUGGGGUGACACUGGGAAUUGGGGCAGUUUGGCUCUGACACGCUGUGACUAAUCUGUGGCUGUUGGUUCGUGCCGGCCUUGUAAGCGGGUGUCUUUGCUCACUGGCUUAGAGACGAGAAUUGCUGCUCCUAUCCAGAAGAAAGGGGAGUAGUUCAGUGUCAACCAGCAAGCUAAGCUCAGGUAGGUGUCGGUAGCUGCUAUGCACUCUGCUGGCAGGCCUGCUCCCACACUCCUGUAUUCCUUCGAGACAGGCCGGGAGGGAACCACCCAUCUGGUUACCUCAGCUGACUUUCCUCCACCACAAACCCAUUCUGCCCAGCCUCCCAUCUACCUUCAGUCCUGGCGGUGCUCGGCUAGAGGUGACGUACGAGGCAGAGGCCACGUAUUAGUUUUCUGGCCAUGUGUUAUGCUGCAUUGGUGUGUAACUUACUGCAAUUCUAACACCCUGCAGCAGAAUAUAAGGAGGAGGCCUCUUGCUCCUCAGACACAGCCGGGCUCCUGCAGGCUAGUUAAACUCUGUUGGGAGUAUAUUGCGUCUGAGGCCCUGUUCACACCAAUGCAGCACAAGGCAUUUCAGAGCUGAUCUCCAGGCUGUCUUGGUGGUCCACAUCUGAGGCAGGUUGCUGGGGCUGGUGGAAGAGUCGAACAGAACAAGGGUGGGCUGAUGGUAUGUAUUUAUGGAACAAAUUAUCAGCAGCUCAAAAGAGCCCCUAGCUGUGGUUUGUGCCCUGAAACAAACCAUGUUCAUAAUCAGUCUUCAGGGCGUGGAGGUUUACUUUGAAGCCUCUUUCAGGCUAGUCCAGUGAAAGAACCAGGGUAGGAAGAAGUAAUAGGGUCCAGGUACCACCACAGACCGGUGGGCUGCUUCAGACACUUCCUAGAGUGUUACCCUGGGCUGAGCUUGGUUUUACACUGGCCCUGUUCUAGUGCUGGUGCUCUAAACUACCAAGCAACGUAGCAGCAGUAAGGAGUCACUUUGCGGUACCUUGGUUGGGUUUGUGUUUGUAAAUGGCCCUUUCCUCGUUCUCGAACCCAGUUACACCGGGCCUGAGUUUUCUCAGCUCUCCCACCGUUCUCUGCUGUGAUUCGCAAAUACCAAAGCUGCCUAGUGACCAGGCCACUGCUCUAAAGGGCCCCAUCUGCGUAUUGCACAGAGACCUUCCGCUGCCCGGCUUCCUCUUUAGCUGGGUGAGAACUGUGCGUUGCAAACCCGAGUGGGCUGCAGUACAUGAAUGUUGGGGGGGACGGGGGACGCGCCUGGGUUUUUUAUUACAAAUGAAAACUUAGAUCAUUCCUGGUGCAGCUGGUGGGGAUUUUUAGUGUGAAUGUGCAAUUUUUUCCUUGCUUAUGUCAUUGAUUUAAAAUAAAAACAAAAUUGUGCUCGA